GGCAUUUUCACAGUCCCCACACUGGUCUUUGGUGAUUGUGAUUAAACAGGACUUAGAUAUAUAGAGAAUGGUGCGGAAUGUACUGCUAGUGUUAGAAUAUUAUUUAACAAGAGUAUUUAUUCCUUUAGAAAAAUUGGCUUUGGAAUUAUUGGGGAGGUUGAUUGUAUGUUAAAUAUGCUAUUUUUCACUUACCCAUGUUUCAUCUAUACCUCCAACAGCUAUUCUAAGCAAACUGCAGUGACUAAACUUGCAACAGCUAUUCUGUUACUCUUCUGCCUUACAAAUCACCCCUUUGCCCUCCUCCUUUUCCUGUUUUACAUUCUUAAGGGGGUGUCAAUAACAUUCAAGGUCACUCUUCCCGGGCUUAGGAAAAGAUACCUUGCAUGGGGUAUAAAGCUGGUCACUCAGCUACAUAGAAAUUUGCCAGUUGAAAAGGAUAGGGUUAUUUCAUUACUUUAACUCCCAAGCUGUCACUACGAGGAAGAGUAAAAUGGUUAGGAAAUUAAGAUUUACUUUUGUGCACUUGUUUGCAAGGUUGUGUUAUGUAAUUAGCACAUCCAGAAUUAGUUUCCACGUUAUUCUGAUAUUUUUGAAAGCCUUUGGAAUUUCUCAAGCAUGGUCAGAUCACUGCCUUUCCACUUUUCAUUUCCUGACAGUAGUGUAGAGCAAAAACGUUUCAUUAUCUUUUCUUUUAAACCAGGGUUGCAGUCAUUGUAGAAAUGAAUGCUGCUGUUUUUACUGCAUAUAUCUUUAUUAUAUUUAAUUUUAAAAGAAAUAUGUAGACAAACAGAUUAGCUCACAUUUAUAUGCAGUUCUUUUCUAAUUUUCUGUUGGAAUACUUAACAAUGAAAAUGAAGAACCAAAUUGUCAUUUUUCAGCUGCCUCAGUUUUCAUUUGAGUAUUGUGAACUUGGCUGACUUUCUUUAACCUAUGUUUUAAAAGUUUUAUUUAACCAAUUUAACAUAGGUUAAUUUUAUAGGUUAAAUAAAACUUUUUUCUCCAAAAACCUUAAAAUUUAAGACCCCUGGCCCCUUCAGAAUUGGGAGGAGGGACAAUAAUGGAGGCAGGAGGUGGUGCAGGCAGAUGCCUGCAGCUGUUCAUUCACACAUCUUGUAGCUUAGAGCUCCUCAGAAGAGAAGGGACAGUCCUGAGGCUUUGAAUAAAAUAACCACAAAAGUGCCUCAGUUGGUAGGGACACUUAACAUUUAAACUGAAAAACAGAGUUAAAGGAUCAAAUAAAGAUGGCAUGGAAAUAAAAACGAUGGAUUUGUAUGGCCUGUUAUUUUUUUAUUUUUAUUUGUUGAGACACAAUCUCCCUGUCAUCCAGGUUGGGGUGCAGUGGUGCAAUCACGGCUCACUGUAGUCUUGACUUCCCAAGCUCAGGCGAUCCUCCCACCUUAGCCUCUGGAGUAGCUGGGACUACAGGAGCAUGCCACCAUACCUAGCUAAUUUUUGUGUUUUUUGCAGGGCCAGGGUUUUGCCACAUUGCCCAGGCUGGUAGCUCCUGGGCUCAAGUGAUCCUUUUAUCUCGGUCUCCCAAAGUGCUGGGAUUACAGGUAUGAGCCACUGUGCCUGGCCUGGCCCAUUACUUUUUAUGGUGCUCCUACACUUACCCAGAACUUUAGCACAUCCAUCCCUGGUCUCACAGAAUCUGCCGUCAUUGCCCACCAGUGACUUGCUGCAUUGCACUGCUGGUCCCUGAUCCAGAAUGAUCACCCAAGGCUUCUGAUUCAGGUUCUCACUGGGGCAGAUGGAUUGUGGGGUGUCAAGGUGGGAGAAAGAAAAAGUAGCAGAGAAGCAGGUAAUGGGAAUGGAAGCUGUGUGAGUGCCAAGUUGCUUAACUGGACAUUGGGAGUUAUCUAUUGCAUUUCUGUCUUCUUAAACUGCAGUUAUUUUUGAAUUAUAAUUUGGUUAUAAAAAUCAUGGAUGGGCCAGGCACUCACGCCUGUAAUCCCAGCACUUUGGGAGGCCAAGGCGGGCGGAUCACCUGAGGUCAGGAGUUUGAGACCAGCCUGGCCAACAUGGUGAAACCCUGUCUCUACUAAAAAUACAAAAAUUAGCUGGGCAUGGUGGUACAUGCCUGUAAUCCCAGUUACUUGGGAGGCUGAGGCACGAGAAUCCCUUGACCCCAGGAAGUGGAGGUUGCAGUGAGAUCGCGACACUGCACUCUAGCCUGGGCAGUAGAGUGAGACUCUAUCUCAAAAAAAAAAAAAAAAAAAAAAAUCAUGGAUGAAUGUUUUAAAUGAGAUGUUCCUGAUUUUCUGUUUUCCGUACUUGAAUUUCAAGUGGUGGUUUCUGAACUUGCACAGUUUCAACCAGGCACUCAAUCACGGGCGUAUUCCGAGGGAGGGGUUUAUAGGUCUGUGCUGGGACUUGUUCUGCACUUCUCCACCCUUUCCAGGGAUGGGAAAGUCAAGUAUAUGUCAUAACUUAUCCCUCGGGAACCCCGGAGCCUUACUUCUGACUCUUCUGCGGCCCAUUACAGGAAAGCCUGACUAAUUAGGAACUGGAUUGAAUGUGGGGUGGGGUGGGUUUCAGUUCUUAGUUACCUGUUCACAGAAGUGGGAAGGAGAAAUCUGUCUACAUUGUUUUCUUUGCUGGAACAACCAUCCAAGGGAAACCUUUUAAAAUCUUUCCCAGAAAAAGAUUUUAUUUAUGAUGGAGAAUACUGAUAUUUGUCAGCAAUUUAUGUUUACAUAAAAAUAAGUUUAAUGAUUAAAAUGAUUGUCUUCUCCUAAUCCAGUCAUCCAAUCUUUCUGAAGUUUCAGUACCUUGGGGACAGAUUGACCAACAUUUGUAUCUUUGUUCUUAACGUUCCCUAACAGCAUAUUUUAAACUAAACUGAUGUGAAGCUAACUUUUCCUUGAAUUUCUGAGAAUUCUUCGACUUCUGAGGUAGUUGGUAUAAUACUUGGGCUCUUACAAAACCAGGAUUGGGAAUCCCUGCUGUGGAUCUGUCAUCUUUGCUGUUUCUUCUCCAAUAUUCUUCUCCCUCACAGAUGACCUUUCACCCCUCCUCAAGGUUUUCCGGUUUCUAUUCUUUCUCACUCUCUGCUUUUUCAUUUCUAGUACUUCAUAGCCAAUAAGCUCAGCAGUUGUUGUUGAUCAUUCCCUUGAGGUGACACAAAACCUGUUUAUUAUCAACAUGUAGUGAUUUUUUUUUUCCCAUUAAGAUUGGCUACAAAAUAAAAGUGUGAAAUACGCCAGACAUCCUGACAGUAAAGGUUAGCUCAGUUGAUAGUCAUGGUCUGUUGCAUGUCUGGCUGGAAAAUUGGAACAUCGGUGUUUGCUGCUUGGUAUGAGUCCAGUUUAAAAACCAACGAUGACCUUAGGCAAUGGCAGGAUUUCUUAGCGGUUGCUUAGGUCACAAGCCUAGACCCGAAAGUACCCUCUAAACUUUCUCCAUUCUCAUUCCUGUAGCAGCUACUGCAGCCAACCAAAUCCGCGCCCCACCCCUGACUUCCCACGUGGAGCCGGGUGUGCCAGGUAUAUGUCACAAGGCCAUGCCCGGGGACAGGCAGCAUCACAUGGCCUUCCCUGACCCACCCUUUGGCUCUGUCUGUCCCAGCCCUUCUCUAGAGAGUAGUGUGCCGCUUCAGGUCACCAGCUGCUCUAGGGGCAGAGGCUACCCCCUUUCAUGGAUGCUAAUAACAAAGAACAAACAUCUCAGAAGGGAACAUAGGAACCGCAUUAUUUGGCUUUUCUGAUGUUGGGCAGAUCAGUGAAGGAUGCUGUUGUGCUCCAGUCACUGACAUUUUUCAUAGAACAUUACCCCAAAGGACACAGAAAUGAUUCCAAAAAAUGUAGAAGUCUUUGCCUAGUAGGUCACUGCAAAGUGCUAAAAUCUGAAGGAAGGAAGAGCAGUUCACAAAUGCUUAUCUUCACAUUGUUCAUUGGGCUGCCCUAACCUCCCCUGCUCCCAGAGAAUACCAGAUGGCUUUACAAUUGAGGUGGUUCAAACACAGAAGGCCCUUUUUCCUUUUAUUAAUUGCUCAGCUUUCUGUACAUUGGCCCCCACACCUGCCACCUGACCAGCGCGGCUUCUGCCUCCCUCAGCACUGCCAGCUGGGGGUUUUCUUAGACUCAUCCCCUGGGCCACCUUCUGCUCCUCUCCCUCCCUCUGCAUUAACAUCCAGGCCACCCUCAUUACUCCUUGGCAACCUCACUUGCAUUGGCCUCCCCAGCCAGCCUUCCAGACUAUUCUUUCUCUCCCUUGCAGCCUGUCUUGCACACCACUGUGGCCGGGUCAGUCUUUCUGAGAAUACCAUUUCCUCACAUCAUGGCCCUGUUUACAAAGCAGUUUCCCAUUUGCCUGUCACAUCAGAUCAAAUCAGAACUCUUCGGCUCUGGAUUGAAGCCGACGCCACUGUUCCUGGCAAGCCUCACUGCCCUCCGAUCCCGGCGUUGGCCUCCGUCCCUGUCAGGUCUUGUACGAUGCUGCUCUCUGUCAUCCUGCCGUCUCCAGCUCUGCCUGCAUGUUGGUCCUGCAUUGCUCUCCACCUCACAGACUGUUAUUCCACGGCUCUGGCCAGUCCAAAGCAUACAUGGCCCAGUUAGUUCCCUUUUACUUGAAAUAUUCCCUGAGGAGCCCCCAGGUAUUUUUCCUUACUCACUGGAGACUUGUAGUCAGGGCCACACUGAUGUCAUUUGGGAAUUAUUUGCAAAGUCACAGAUCUGGACUUCUCUCUCCAGCUAAAUCAUGAGUUCCUCAGCUAAAUCACGGGCCCACAGUUCCUGCAGCAGCUGGUAAACACUUUUAGUCACGGAAGGAAGCCUUUUUCAGUUCUCAGCUCUGCCAAGGAACUUAUUUCACGUACACAAAACCACAAACCGUGAGAGGAUUGCUGCCUGUAUCCUGUUCCCCCUCAUCUUUUUUUUUCUUUAAAAAGAUGGUAAAGCUGAUGAUAAGAAUUUAAAUAAGGUGGCCCUAGAACUACACUCUGACUCUGAUCCCCGUGUCCUGCCCACAGCACCAGGCCACGAAGACAGACCAUGUCGCUAUCCUCACAUUUGCUUGUAACUUAGGAGGCUUGCCAGUAAAAUCAAUGGUAACAGUGGACGUACUUCUCUUUGAAUAAGUUUAUUCUAUUUCCUUCUCCCAUUUUCUUUAUUUGUUGAAAAGAAUGGUGCUGAUUGAGAAGCCAAAUAUUAUUAACCAUUUUCCCCAUCUGGCACGGUUCUUUUGCACAGCACUGGAUUAGGCCAGGGGACUGGCCUAACCCUGCAAAUAUCAGGAAAGGACUCUUCUAGGGAAAGUCGUACUAAUCUGAAUUGAUCACUAGAAAUACAUGGUCUCCACCUAAAAGAUGCUUUGUCACUUAAAAGGCUGAGUAGUCACCAUAAUGUAAAGAAACCUCUAUUGUCAUGCAACCAUUUGCACCCAGACAUUGUGCCUGGUUGGCACUUAACAUUUUAUCACUUGAUUCUCACACCAGCCUUGCAAUGUGAUGAAACCAAGGCUCCUAGGUGCUAAGUGACAUUCCCCUAGUCACGCAGCCUAGUGCUAGUCACGCAGCCUAGUGGUAGAGCGAGGAUUCAAACCUAGUUUUUGUUUUCCUUUGAGCUGGAGCUGCAAGAAAAAAAAAAAAAAGAAAAAACAAACCUAGGUUUGACUCCAAAUCCUGAGCUCUCCACUGUGGGCCAUCGUAGCCUCUUUUCCUCUAGUAUUUGUGGGUGGUUUUCAAGGGCUAAGAACGAUCCUCAUAAUAAGUCAGUGAAAUUACCGCACAUGAGAACAUCAUGUCUCAGCCUCUGAGGCGAGCCGGUACAAGCUCCAGGUUCUGUGAUGACACCUCCCUCCUGGUUUGAGAGCAACUGCCUAAAGGAGGCAGUGGAGGAUCAUCCUCACCCUUCAGGUGCUAGCCCGUGUCAGUGGGGUCUUACACAACCUUUGCUCUGUGUUGUUGAGUCUUCCUCAGUCAGUAAAGUGACCCACAGAUUAUAUUCAGUAAGACACCCCGUUAUGUGCUUAGAGAGGAUUAAGCCAGUGAUUAGGCCUGCCGGAAACUGGUCAUCUCGCUGAACAAGUGAAACGGAUGCAUAAAGUAACAGGGCCAGGCUGGAAUGGUGUGGACAGGAAGUGCUGCAGGAGCUCAGGUGAGCAGGAGACCUCAAACUUGGGGCUGUUUGAACUGGGCCUUACAAGAUGGGUAGGGUUUGUAAGGCAGAGAGAAAGAACAUUCCUGAACAACCGUGUAUGAAGACAUUGAAGGGCAAUGAGAAAGCCUGUUUGUUGAAACAGGGUGUGUGGACAAAAUUGACUUGGGAGAUGUCCGUACAGAGGUGACGCCAAAUCAUGGAUGGAGUUAUGUCUUGUGUCAGGAUUUUAUCUGAGAGAAGCCACUGCCCGUGUGAAAGUUCUGAUGAGAACGGUGUUCCAAGAGGAUGAUUAACCUGCCAGCACUGUGUGAGUUGGGGCAGAAGAGAGAGUCUGAGGCAAGGGAGACCUGGGAGGCUGUUACAGGGGCCAGAUGUGGGGUGUGCCUGAUCCCCCAAUGGUGGCUGAGGGGAGACAUUACAAAGAAAGCAUCUUUGUUAUUUAACUGGAUAUUCUAAAGAAAGUGGUAAAUGAGGAGGGAGAAGUCAAAGAUGACCCUGAAGUUCUGAGCCUAAGUCUCUGAGGAUGCUGGUACCAUUGUCUGCUGUAGCAAAAUCAAGAUGGGGACUUCCCCUGGGUUAAAAGAGUUUACCAUUUUCCUUCAAUCUGUAUGGUGGCUUAUUCUGAUGGAAAAGAAAUUACUUCCCGAUCAACAAGACAAUGUUUUCCAUUAAGAAGUGUUCUGAGGCCAGGUGCAGUGGCUCACACCUGUAAUCCCAGCACUCUGGGAGGCCAAGGUGGGCGGAUCAUUUGAGCUCUGGAGUUCAAGACCAACCUGGGCAACAUGGCAAAACCUUGUCUCUACAAAAAAUACAAAAAUUAGUCAGGUGUGGUGGCUUGCACCUGUAGUCCCAGCUACUACAGAGGCUGAGGUAGGAGGAUCGCUUGAGCCCGGGAGGCAGAGGUUGCAGUGAGCCAAGAUCCAAGAUUGUGCCACUGCACUCUAGCCUGGAUGACAAGGCAAGACUCCUCUGUCUUUAAAAAAAAAAAAAAAUUGUUCUGAGAACUACCUCCUCAUCAAUCGUGAACUUAGAGCAGUAGGGCAUAUCACAUAGUGAUCCUAGGAAACUGCUCUCCUGGGCUCCAAGUCGUACAGCCCAGUGUGGUAGAACUACUGAAUUUACUCUGUGCAAUAGGAGUUGGAAUGACCCAUAGCAUUCUAAAAAUCGGUGAAGUCUUCAUUAAAAUAUUUAUUUAUUGGCCCUCAGUCCAGAUGACCCAAAUCUUUAUUAUUUUCUUCAGUAAGUGAUGUUUUAGGGGGAAAAAUUUUAAACCACCCUUUUUUGGUAGGGGGGGACCACUACUCUCUUGGGUUAUACUUGAAUUUCAAAAUAGGAUGGUGCAUAUUUUUAUAGGCCUAGUGGCUAGAAGUGGUACAAACAGAUCUUCAUGAGUUAUAAGUGCCAUUGAAGUGUGGCUUAAAUGUAAAUAACGGUUUGGUGCCUGAUAAUUUAGGAGAUGAGGUGUAUGAGUCAUGUGGUGGUUUUUUUUUUGUUUUUUUUUCCUUUUCCUGACCCUUUUUGUAAUUUUAUGAUGUCCCACAUCAGUUAAACCUGGCGGGAGGAGGACCCAACUUGUUUCUGCCCCUGGUCACUGUGCUUAUGUGGUGUGUGUUUG